AUGGCCAAAUGUAGAGUCGUCGCGGCCGAUGAGAAGCAGUUUAUAGGCACAAUGUCGGCCUCUCAGGGGAUGAACCGCAGCGGCGCCUACAACUACUUCCUCAACAUGGUGGCCUAUCAGAUAUGCUGUUGCUGCGGACCGGCUCCCUGCUCGCUCUGCUGUGCCUUCUGUCCUCCGGUCAGGUCCUCCACCAGCACGAGGGUCAUGUACACCCUCUUCCACAUCAUGAGCUGCGCCGUCUCCUGCCUCAUGCUGUCCCGCACCGUCUCCGAGCUCGUCAGGGAAAAUGUGCCUUUCUUCAACAUGGUGUGUGACCAGGCGCAUGGCGGGGGCCACUGUGAGAUGCUGGUGGGCUACUCGGCGGUCUACAGGGUCUGCUUUGGCACUUCUUGUUUCUACCUGAUGAUGGCGAUCUUCCUCAUAGACGUGAAGUCCAGUCAGGACUUCAGGGCGCUCAUACACAACGGCUUCUGGUUCCUGAAGUUCAUCACUCUGCUCGGGAUGUGCACCGCGGCCUUCUUCAUCCCAACAGAGUCCUUCCUGCACGCUUGGCAUUAUGUUGGUGUGGUGGGAGGAUUUGCCUUCAUCCUCAUUCAGCUCAUCCUCAUCACUGCUUUCGCACACACCUGGAACAAGAACUGGUUGACCGGAGCAGCAGAGAACAAGCGUUGGUAUCUGGCGGUGACGUGCGCCACCCUCUUCUUCUACACCAUCGCCACCAUGGCCUUCACCUUCAUGUACAAGUACUACACGCACCCCAUCGCCUGCCACUUCAACAAGGCCCUGCUGUGGAUCAACCUGGGCCUCUGCGGCCUCAUGUCCUUCAUUGCCGUCACGCCGUGCGUGAAGCAGAAGCAGCCUCGGUCGGGGCUCCUUCAAGCCUCCAUCAUCAGCUGUUACGUCAUGUACCUCACCUUCUCUGCGCUGUCCAGCCGCCCUCCGGAGAAAGUGGUUUAUCAGGGCAUGAACAUGACCGUCUGUUACCCCAGCGUGGGACAAGAUGGCAUCCAGAACGAAGGCAACGCUGUGGCCAUAAUAGGAGCCGCCAUCAUGUACUGCUGCGUCCUCUUCGCAUGUAAUGAAGCGUCCUACCUGGCUGAGAUGUUCGGUCCGUUCUGGAUGAUCAAGGUUUACCGCUACGAGUUCCAGAAAGCAACCUGCUGCUUCUGCUGCCCCGAGGAAGAGGAAGCUGAGGAGGAGUUUGUGAUUGACGACGAGAACAAAGGCUGUCAGAGCGUCAUUCACAACGAGACGCAGCGAGUGGCUUACAGCUACUUCUUCUUCCACUUUGUCUUCUUCUUGGCAUCGCUGUACGUCAUGAUGACCCUCACCAACUGGUUCAGCUACGAGUCGGCGGUGUUGGAGACCACCUUCACCCACGGCAGCUGGUCUACGUUCUGGGUGAAGAUGUCGUCCUGCUGGGCCUGUGUGAUCCUCUACCUCUGGCUGCUGCUGGGUCCUCUAUGCAGCUGUCAGUCCGAAUCCAGACCUCGACGCUCACGCAUCAAACGGCGCGCGGGAUCCUCUCGCCACGUCUCUGUCACUGUCUGACGCGGGAUAGGGCGCGAUGUGGACGACAAAUCAGGUGACUCCGAGUCCCCCCUCCUCCUCCCAGUGCAGGAGGGGUUUUCAGGACCGGAGGUCACAGGGGUCAAAGACUCACAGUGCUGUGAGAAGGACCAAUCAGAGGGCUCCGUGCCCAACAGGAUAUGAUGUCACAGACUAGACACCAUGACGUUAAACCACUAUGAGGACUCGACUGUGGUUUGGAAACACACUUACAGUAUGAAUUGCCAAAGGGAUCCGGAGGGGUGAACUCUCACUCUGUGAUUGUGGGAACUACAGUAAGUACGUGUAAAGAUGGACACAUUUAUAAACUUUACUUAAAGUAGUAUAUUCAAUUUUAUUUGCUGUAUUUAGACUUUUAAUAUCAUAACAAGGGAGGAUUCUAGGUAUUUUAUAUAAUACUGCUACAGAGACGCACAUCCCAAUCAUGUUUCUUUGUUCUCUUUCUGAUAAACAGAAGAAAGCCCCGUUAGUCCUCUUAUCGUAGACAGUUAGUCGAUGGUUUUUAUCAUGAACAAAUCUUUCUCAAAGCUGGAAACAGAACGACUGUGGCAGCUGUGUGAGUUCAAACGAAACCUCGGAGGCAAGAGAUGAUCCUUACUGACACAUUUCAGUAGCUUACAAGAACUGUUUGCAUCGCACGGUGAAAGUUGUCACAAGUAUAAUCAAAGAAAUGAACAAGAUAUUUAGGUGGAUCAUUUACGCCAGUGGUGCCCAACGAAGGUUUUCUUUUCAACCAAACACUACAACAGUCUCUGUGUGGUGGCAGGGCGUCAAAUACAGACGCUUGGGCAGUGCCCUUCCGCGUCUUGAUACUGACGCACAAGGCACCCUUUAGCAUCUGUAUAAGAUGUACCGCGCUUUCAACCAAUGCUAAUCCGCGUCAUAAUCAGACACUCAGAGCAACGGAGGAUGGGUGGUGGAUGGGUCAGGACUUUCACUCAGGGGACCGGCGUUCAUGUCCUGUGUGAAAGCAAAAGUUAAGUAAUUUUGACUGACAACAUUACGUGACGCUAGCGGUGUCAUGAUUUCGAUUCUCAAUU